CCGAGUGUUCCUUUGUGCUCUAUCUGAUUGAGUUACUCUCUCAGUUCUGCCUCAUCUCUGUGUGUCUGAAUGUUUGUCUUUCUGCAGUGCUGCAUAAUGUUUCAGUGUGUCAGGGUGUUGGCAUUGCAAAUGACUGCAUAAUUCAGUCUCUGACCAACUGUCGGCGGUUUACCUGAAGCCCUGUGGAGUCGGUGAUUCAGUUUCCCGUAUUUACAUUUAAACAGUUAGUUCUCAUUUAGGUGCCAGGUGUGCCUAUCACCACUGUGUCCACACCUCUCAGCACAAGGCAGCCCAACCCAUGCCACUGUAUCACCCACUGGACGAAACCCAACCGCCUCCGCCCAUCGCCACCAUCACUACAAAGUGCCACUCUGCCCAUUUUCAUACUCUGCCAGUGCUCUACACACCUGCUCACCUUUGGCACCUUUACUUAAACCAGCGACAUAUGCAGCUAAACUUCAAGUAUUAGCCUCUUUGUCUCAUUAUACUGGGAACAAACCAUCCUGCGCACAUCUCCCAGUAUAUUUCCUAACUUCUGACGGAGGAAACAACAAUGGCGCCUUCAGUUCUACAGAACGGUGGAUUCAUUUUGGGGCUGAUCGGUGCAGCAGCCCUCAUUGCAGCUACUGCCAUGAAUAAUUGGAGUGUCAAGGACAGGCAGGGGGACGUGGUAACGUCUGUUUACACCUACAAGGGCCUGUGGCAGGACUGUGAGACCGCCUCAUCGGGAUUCACAGAGUGUCGCCCGCUCUACGGCCUCCUGGGCUUCUCAGGCACCUUCCAGGCUGUGCGAGCCCUGAUGAUAGUCAGCGUGGUGCUGGGUGUCAUCGGGACGCUGAUAUCAGUUUUCUCCCUCACCUGCCUCACAAUGAACAGCAUGGCAGACACCACCAAGGCCAAGAUGAGCCUCGCUGCCGGCAUCAUGUUCGUCAUCGCCGGUUUGUGUGGCAUCGCAGGAGCUUCUAUCUACGCCAAUCAGAUCGUGACCACUUUCAGGAUGUCCACCUACAACAACUAUGGAGGAGGAUACAACAACAUGGGUGGAGGGAUGGGAGGAGGAAUGGGUGGAGGGAUGGGAGGAAUGGGAGGAGGAAUUCCCAGAUACACAUUCGGCCCUGCGCUGUUUGUAGCCUGGAUUGGAGGCGGCGUCCUGCUUAUUGGUGGCAUCCUGAAGUCACUGGCUUUCAGGGAAAUGGCGAAAGAUGAAAAACCACAUUACCCCGGGGUCGCCUACAAACCUCAGCCCCGCACCAAAUCUGAGCUCAGCGAUCACCACUCAGAGGGCAAGAAAACCCAUGAUUAUGUGUAACUUCAACACGCAACCUAAGCACUACGAGUUUUUGUUUGUGUAUGCUUGUAGCUGUUCACAUGCAGCAGGCUUUGUGGGAUGUUUUUUGUUUUUCAGUUGCCUCAUAUACGCACUAAAUACUACGUCUUUACUUUAUGUAAACAGCAGACAAACAACAGAAACAGCAGUCCAACAGGUGUAAUAAGAAAUGAGUUGUGGCUAAAUAUGUAGUUUUCACACACACAUCUCCGUGGUUACUGGAUAUUUAUAAGUGCUGUAUGUAAUUGAAGUCUUUUUUACUUGAGUUUUGUGAAAUCAUUUAGUUUUUAUUUUAAUAAAACACUGAUUUGUGAAA